AUGGAAGAGCUUAGAGGCCUACCAGAGGACUAUUUGGAACCUUUACUACCAUGUUUAGAUUUAAUAAAACGCUGCAACGUAACGUUUUUCGAUAACGGGACAUUAUUUAACAGAUAUUGGCGGUAUUUUUAUAUAAUACCGUGCGUUGUUGCUUUCUAUAUUUUCCUCAGCGCGUAUAUGAUGCAAGUAUUUGAAGGACAACUCGAAUUGUCUGAGUUAGCUUAUGUCGUUUCAGUGUACGUUGUAAGCAAUCAAGCGAUAGUAAAAGCCAUUAUCGUGGUCUUAAAGUCAAAGGAGAUAAGGUCGAUAAUUCUGGAACUAGGUCAAGCCUGGCGCACCGAGGAUCUAAGCGAUGCACAGAUUAAUAAGAAAAAAAUCCUCUUGAAAAGACUUAAUUUCGUUUCCAAAGCCUUCUACUGGAUGAACAUAAUUGGCUCGUGGCAAUACAUGCUCACGCCGCUGUGCGAGAUCCUGAUACGGAAAUAUGUUUUGAAACAAGAGCCGGAACACGUGCUGCCGUUUUCUUGCAAGUUCCCCUUUGAUCCGACUGCCAAUUGGCCUACAUACCUCGGGGUAUACAGCUUCCAGACUUACAGCAUGUUUCUUAUAGUCUACUGCUAUGUGGGCGUGGAACUCCUCAUGGUGAAUCUAUGUGCCCACAUCAGUACAGAAUUCGCGUUACUACAUGAAGACCUGCGUAAUUUGACGCCUUUACGAAAUAGCAAAGGGAAAGGUUUGGGGAAUGGUAUUAGAAAAAUUGUAAGACACCAUGUAAAAUUGAUUAGAUUAUCUCAACAGUUGGACAAUAUUUUCAACAUUAUGAUAUUUAUUAAUUUAUCGUCGGUGACAUUCACAAUUUGCUUCUUUGGUUUCGCUGCGAAGGUAGCUCGGACUGCAAUCGAAAAGGCUAAGAAUUUUAUAGGAGUCAUAGCUUUGAUCGUACAAAUAUUCAAUCUAUGUUACUACGCAGAGCUCUUACAAGACGCGAGCUCAACCAUAGCUGAUGCUGCCUACGAAAACCUUUGGUACAAUGGUGGGAUAGACCAUCAGAAAAAUUUACUUUUUAUUAUAAAAAGAUCACAAAACCCAUGCAGCCUGACUUCAAUGAAAUACAGCCCUAUCGCAUUAAAUACUUUUACUGCUAUCCUGAGCACAGCCUGGUCGUAUUUCUCGCUGAUCUCAAGUCUUUAUGAAGGCGAGACGACAUAGAAGUGUUAGAAGAACAAAAAUAAUUUACAUUUAUAUUCCUUUUUUGUAUUUGCACAUUAACAUUUGUAAUUUUGUUUGUUUAUUCUGACGUCAUCAACAAACUAAAUCCGAGACUGUAUGUAGAUGUUGACAAAUCAGGGAAGGUUCCUAAUUAAAGUGUGUGUGGUUUCAACAAAGUCAUGAAUUGAAACUGCUCUAUAUUUAAUUCACUGCAACGUGCGGGUGAGCCAUAAACGUGUUCUUGAAUUCGUUUUGUGUGAAAACGUGAACAAAAUAACGCACCACCGUGAGUUGUUACACUGACUACUUCAUGGCAGCAUCGAGUUUUGAGUGACUCGUGUGAGAAGGUACUGCUACUUUUUUUUUGU